CAAUAGCUAUAUCUGGAGCAUCAGUAGCUACUCACUACUCAGACGAACCUUUGGAAUAGCUCGGUAGCUAGACAUACCUAAACAAAUCUGCUCAAACACACAAAAAGAUCAGUUAGUAUUAUCAAAGUAAAAGGAAAGCAAAAUGCGCCCUGCUGCUAUCGUCGCUGACGAAAUGUUUCCAGAAGGAGCUGGAUCUUAUAUGGAAAUGGAAGAGGUAAUGGAUUACAAUUACAGACUUAAUUCUUUUAGACCUUUGCUGUCGGUGUAGUUUGGUGAAAAUUUAAAAACAAUGUUUUGAAUUCACUCAUAAAAACUCAUUGCACUUAAAGUGGAGUGCUCACACUCCCAAAGCCAAAGAGGCCCUGGCAUUAUGUGUCAGCUACGAUUAGCAGUUAAUAGCAGUAGAUUAAUUAUUAAUAAUAUAUGUUGCCUGGCACAGUGAGGUGACAACACUAAUAAUACUAAUAUUUCACGUAUCUUGCAAAUGAGCUGAAGACUGUCAAGUAUUUUUUGUAAUUAUUUUAUCAAAUCACACACAGCUUUCAUGAAUCAAAAAUCAUAGGCCAUAUGAAAUAUCAUUGGGUUGGGCAUCUGUAAAUAUGAAAAGUCCCAAAAAUAGGUGAUUGAGUCAUCCUACCUGCAAUUAGUGAAGCACUGACUUUAUACACAAGGCGGGAUGAGUUAAGUUUCCGUGAAAAUUUAUCUUUGCCUCUAACAUAAAACAUAAAAAUAAAAGAGAUUCUAUCAUGGGUUGCUAGUUGCAAGGCAAGGAAAAAUAUAUUCUUGGGUGGAGGGGGUCGAUAUUAUUAUUUAUUUUUCAAAUAAUUACAAGACCAAAUACCGUAUAUUUAUUACGUACCAUUCAUUGCCACCAACAUCUUGGUGAUAAAAAAAUCCUCAGUCACCGUCAUUAAUGAAACGAAUUAAAUUUUAGCUCAUGUCUCAUGGUCAAAAGGAAUGACUAUUCCUGAGACUCUGUGUUGUCAGGGAUGCAGAAUUUCUUCUUCAUAGUGACAUUCAUCAGCACAAAUGCUUAUCUGAGUGCUAACUCAUAUGAAAUAAAAUCGACAUUGUUUUUAACUCAGAAAUAUUUGAUAAGUUCAAUGAAAAUAAAUUUGAAGUUUCAAGAGAAUAGAAUAGAAAUAUUAGAUAAAUUCAAUGAAAAUAAAUUUGAAGUUUCAAGAGAAUAGAAUAGAAAUAUUUGAUAAAUUCAAUGAAAAUAAAUUUGAAGUUUCAAGAGAAUAGAAUCAAUAUUUUAAGUACUUAAUUUUUCUCCCUCACUGUUGAAUGAAAACUGACCCAUUUUUAAUCACUACUUUUGGAAUAGUCACAUCAAAUACUAAUUUCCAAGUUCAAUUGAACUACAAGGGAGAAUGGUAAAAUACAAGAUGCUCACCUCAUUGCACUUUGUUACCGUUUGGAGAAGCCACAAAGAUAAUUUUAUGAUCCUCUUUUUAUGAAUAUCACAGUGUAAAUCAUAAAUAAAUUUUUGUGAUUGAUGCAGUUGUUGAAGCGGAGGAGAGGUUUAUUCAGCCAAACAUGAUAUUGUGAGAAAACCAAGAGUUUUAGUCAGGCGUAGUUGUGACAUUUUCGAUCAUAUUCUGCAUGGUGGAAGGUGUUGAAGAAGCUCCUUGAUGCCUUCUGAACAUUGGGGUUAGGGGAAGAUGGUUUUAGUGCGGUCAUUUAAAAUUGCUCCAAGCAAAUAAAUAGCACACAGAUAUAAAACAGAUAUGAAAAUAGUGAAUUUUAAAUUGAAUAUACCUAUAAAAGACACUUAAAACUGCUAUCACUUAUCAAGCCCAUUCAUCGCUUCAAGAAUAAUUUACUAGCCAAGCCAGGAGCCAGAAUAUUUAAUUACAUUGAUCGUAGGCCCUUGAAAUAUAGAAAGAAGAAGCCAUUAGAUAUAUACAUAUAUAAUAUAUAUGAAUGGCAUCCCUCCGUCUUCGCGAGACGAUGGAGUAGCUAUGUAGUGCUACACUUUGACGAGUUGCUCACUAGGCCAAUCCUAGAAUGACAAUCUCGACUGAUUUUCUCGCAGGAGAAUAUUGAUUCCUGGUAAGGUUUUGACUUCUGUAUUGUUUUUUUUGUUGCAAGGGCCUCGUUUCGCGUAUCUUCUGCCUUUUUUACUCCUGCAUACACUGCUGUUCCCAGCUGGAAUGUUGUUCGGCAAUGAGCUGCAAUUCGUUGUUUUCAAUAUUGGCUUCCCUCAUGCUCCUUUUGCAUAAAUCUUGGGCAUGGCUGUCCAAUAAGUCUUGUCUCUUCUGCCAACUCUCCAUAGAGCAGCAUCUUUGGGAUACUGCCUUCCUCCAUUCUCCUUACGUGGCAUAUAUAUAUAUAUAUAUAUAAAUAUAUAAACUCUUGCUAAAUAACAAAUCUUCUUUUUUUUUUAAAUAUCAAAGUUAUUGCUUGAUCAGCUUAUUAUUGAAUUAAUAAAAGUGGAACAUAACAAUUGUAGUUUGAUGAAAUGUUAAAAUAACUGUUACACUUUAUGUUUAGUUGUAUAUACAGUACAGGACACUUUAUAUUUAGUUGUAUAUACAGUACAGGGUCAUGCAAAGUUUUAUUCUGGUUCUAAUAAUCUAUUUAAUGGAGUAAGACAUGGGGGAGGUCAGAGUGAGUUUAUGGCCCCAAGGGGGCACUGGUCGGAAAGAGUUUAACCCCGAACUGUCCAUUGUAUGUUUCUGUACUGUGCAGGCAAUUUAGAGCUUUGUGGGUGCCUUUGAAAAAUUUGAUUUUUCACAUGCAAAUACUAUAGCUAGAACCCAUAAAGUAUAUAUUUAUUGAAAGUAGACUGGGUGGGAAAUCAUACUGGCUAUUUUUUAAUGAUAUUUUAUACUCGCUGACCAUGACCUUGACCUGGGAGUGACCAAAAAUAAAGAAAAAUUUUCUUUUCAAGGACCUCAAACUACAAUUUUUUUUAAGGCAAAUUAGAAUAAUGUUUAUAUAAUAUGAUAUUAAUUUUAUUUAUCUUUCAGAAAAUGUAUUAUUUGUAUAUGUUUUAGUUAUUAAUAAAUUUUUUUUUUUUAAUUCUCCUGAUACCUUUAUUUACGAUCAAUUUGAACUUCAAGUAACAAAACAUGACAUAAACAAUGUAAACAUUACUAAAAUGCAAGAAAAAAAUAAAAUUUAAAAAGCUGCUAUAUAAAUAUUUAAUCUAUAAAAUGAAAUAUAAGAAAACAUAUAUAGAACACCAUCCAAUUAUUUUUUAUUGGUACAAAAUCAUCUGCAACAUAGUUUUGAUCAAGUCAUAUUGUUGCGGCAACUCCUACUCGCUUUAGGCCUGGCCUAGGUUUAAAUAAAAAUUUACGACCUUUCGCUUUCUGACCCCCUAGAAAAAUAAUCGGAAUUAUCAUUGUUUUCGUGUGUGAUCGGCAAAUCAUCUUCUGAACAUUUAAGUCAUUAGCUUGAAAGAAUUUUCAAAAAGAUUCCUAACUGAUUUAUUUUGUAAUCCAAUUGAUUCAGCUAUGUUCUCAUCCACUUCGCGAAAAUCUACUGACAAAAAUUUGCUUGAUAAAGAUCGUUGUAAAAAAAAAUCCAAAGUUUAAAAAAAGGACACAGAAGAGCGAAAAACGGAAGUUUGUUUAUUAUUUAAAGGAAGUAGUUUUCUUUAGGGUAAAAUAUUGGACUGGAACUUAUUCUUUCAACGCAUUUUUAGCGGCCUUUUUCAUCGGCCGAAACAGUUGGGGAAGAGGAAAUCGGCCGAUGACAGCUCGUGGGUUGAGAACCUAUUUAAUUAAUUGCACAGCUAAAAACAUACAUAAAAAAUGUUUUAAAAUGUGCAUAUAAACAUUUGGACCCGGUUAUGUUUCAUUGGGCAGGUUUCCUCCGGCUGUCUAAUUCUGGAUCAGUAUCCGACUAAGGCUUACAAAAUAGAGUGACAACAUUUAAGGAUGGUCCUUAUGUGGGGAAAAUAAAGAAAAAAAACCCCACAUAAUAAUUUUAUUAAAGUAUUAAUAUAUUAAUUUUAUUUAUAUUAGGCCUACUUAUUUAUUGGAAUCAUACACUUGAAGGCUAUUUUUGUCUAAUCCUUUACUUUCAUAAAUUUAUACUGAAACGAGGUGGGUAGUCAUUAGAAUUUGGGGAGUGUGCAAGAUAAGGCCUAACCGAGCCUCACUGGCAUAUCCCGAGCCAUGUACUAUACAUUGACCACCAUCAUUAAAGUGUUGAGUAAUAGCUUGCAAACUAGAAACAUUUUCAUCCUGACCCGACUAAAUUUACUGUUGGUAAAUGUUGCUCAAGUUAUUCUUUCUCUCGUUAAUCACUAGACCGAGGCGUAGGGUGCCACACUUAAGAAUACUUGGUCGCCAUCAUUGUUCCAUUUAUCUUAAUCAUUCAAGACCACAUUCGACAAAUCUUAGAUUCAUCCGUGGGUACGCUCAGAAUUAAUAAUGCGUUAAUAACAAUACAUUUGGUGUAUAUGAUGAAGUAGCAAUAGUGUAUAUUAUGAAGUAAAUGAAACAAAUUCUUGCUGCCUUUACUCAUUGCAAUGUAGCAUAAACUAAGUUAGCAGUAUAAUUUGAAGAGGUGAACAUACAACAUCAAUUCCUUUUACAAAUCAGGCUGGUGGAUCCACUGCCCUACUUAUGGACUUGGCAGCCAAUGAGAAAGCUGUGCACUCGGAUUUUUUCAAUGGUAAGCAUUAAGGGGUUAGUCUAAUGAAAUUUUUUUUUAAUUUAAAAAAGUUAAUGAAUUACAAGGCCAAGGCUUUUAGCGAUUAUGAAACAGCACACUUUUUAAAACCAGAAGUAUGCUCUUACCAGAAAAGUGAAUAAUUUAGUCUAUAACUAUAAUGUUAUAUGGAUUUUUCUUGUAAAGUAUAUUUAGUGCACAAAUUUGAAUAGGAUCCCUAUCAAAAAUGCACUAUUGUAUUUUUUUUAUUUUUUAGACUUUGAUGACUUGUUUGAUGAUGAAGACCUUUCCUGACCUGAUUAUGUUGUUUGAUGAUGAAGACCUUUGGUGACCAGAUUAAGUUGUUUAAAUGAUCAAAUCGUAACAAAUGUGGCAGUGAGAAUGCAAGGUAUUUUCUGUGAAUGAUAUGUGUACAUAAAAAGUGUGAAAGAAGGGGAUUGUGGGAUAAAACAAAAAAACAUGGUGAGUAAAUGUGGCAUUUGUGUGUCACGUGGCAUCGUACCAUCUUGAAUAAACAUUCACAUCCUGUUUAUGGGGGUUGUUGUUUUCGUGUGGACAGUUUAUAUUACUAAUUAAAUAUGUGCGGGAUUUGUCUUGCGCUGGUUGAAUUUGUUAAAAAUGUGGAUCAAUCUUACAGUAGAAGUUUUACUUCGUUUAGGUACCGGUACCCGUAAAUGAAACAAAAAACAUGUGUGCCUCAAGGUUUGCUACCAAUAUUUGAGAUCUUGUUACCUCCUGUGUCUUUUUUAAAUGUUUAGAAUGCAUUAGUUAUCUGGAGGUAAAGAUAAUUAUUUAAGCAUUUUAAUCACCUACAGUAAAUUUAGACAUUAGUGUUCUUAUACAUGUUGUGGGUAAAAAAACAACAACUGUUUCCCUCUUCGCACCCAUUUAUAAAUUAUAAAAAUACAAGUAAGCAUCAGAAGCUUUGUAGAAUGGCAUUUUGAAUGCAGUUUAAUGACAUUUGACGUUAAUGACAUUUGACGUAAAUGACAUUUGACGUAAAUGACAUUUGACGUAAAUGGCAUUUGACGCACAUUUUCAAGAAUGUACAACAAAAACUUUUUUCUUUUAGUAUUUGACAAUAAAUAUAUACAUGAUUCAAUAUAAAAGUAUCCAAAUUAUGAAACAAAUAUUAUAAAUAAACUUGUAUGGACAUUGAAGAUUAAAUGUAAUUAAUUUCAAUAAAUAUUCUUAUCCCCGUAGGCAAAAAUUACAAUCUAGUCAAAUUUUCAUCAGUGUUUGAGAUACAUUUAUAAAAAUUGAUAAAACGAUCCAAAGAGUUCCAUGCUUACUAAUUAAAAUGCUAAUUUCUGUGUGGAGAAUAUACUACUAAGGCCAUAUAAUAAAUAUUAUCACCUAGCAAUAUACUUUUCUUCAUUUAUUCAUUUCAUAAUAAAAAAACAUUAUUUAAAGAAAUAUAUCUUUCGUAUAUUAUAUUUUAUAUACAUUUUUACAUUUUAAAUGAAAGACGAUCCUAUGUCACGAUGGACAUGGAAAAACCUCUUUAUAUAAACAGUUUAUCUAAAUUCCUUUGCUUAGACAGAUACCGUUAUACCGCUUGAUAAACAUAUAAUUAGUUUCCUUUAUGUAGAUUACAAAGAAUUUUUUUGCAAUCACAAGUAUGUACCUUAAGAUACUCAUGAAUUGGUCGCACAUUCGGUUUGGGGAGUAAAAUGGCCCCUUUUUAACUUGAACAUACCGGUAACUUAAUAUUUGCCAGACAUCGCAAAGAUGUUUCCAUAGCAACUUGAAAACUGAAAAGCGAUUGUCACCUAUGUGAUCUCUAACAAACAUUUAAAAAAACAGAUUGUACUUAAACUCACGCAAGGUAGAAAACAAUUUUCUGAUAUUAUAUUAAUGACUACUUCACGCUGAAUAACAGCGCAAUCUAUGUCAAGUUGAGAGGUGACAACCCUGAUUUUAUGGAAAUAUUUUGUAAAAAAAAAGAAAAUGCUACCUUUAAAGCAAGGAUCUUUAGUUAUUGUAAAAAGUUGGACUGUGUUAAAACUGUGAUUAGAAAAAUCUAAUGUAACAGAUUUGUUUAACUUGGUAAAUGAAGACAAAAUACUAGUGAAACAUUAAUCCUACAGGUCAAUGAUUUUUAAAAAAGUUAUAAUACUGAAAAAUAUACGUGGACCCUGCAGAUUCCUUUCUGUUUCUUCAGCUUUCAUUUUGAUUAAAGAACAUACAAAACAUUAUACAGACUAAUGAUCUAGUGACUUCUCACCUUGCUUAUACUUACAUACAUGUUCAUUAAAUUUAUUUCAAAACUCACAUAUAGGCAUAUUUGUUCAAUUUUCUCAGCUACAGUAGACUUGUGCAUGAAAACAUGUUUAAAUGCAUUGAUCCUGGAAUACAUGAGAUCACAGGACCACAAACUAUCUUGCAAAACUCAUAUAUCUAUAUAUACAUAUAUAUAUAUGUGUGUACUAAUGUGUUACAGUAAAGUAACAGUCCUGAAACAUCCACAAGGUUCAGGGUCCAUAAUUACAAGGAAGAAUAGUACAAGUUCAUUUUGUAUCUUUGGGUUACAAAUGCUGCUCAGUCACACAGACCUGAAAAUUUAACCAAACCAACAAAAGAUCAUUUAAAUGUUUAGAACAAUUGAUGAAAUCAUUGAUAAUUCUCACAUAGUCCCACCAUUGCAACUUAUAAUUAUCAAUAAAUGCUAGCUCUCAAGCUAAACUUUUUUUUUGUACCGUAACUGACCUUUCCUUUUAAAUUCUUAAUGUGAUGCCCUUUCUUCAUUUAUUAUUCCAAUCUAUUGAAAACAACAUUAGGGGUCAUCCAUAAAGUCCAUGACAUUCAAGUGAGGGUCUAAGAAAUUAUAUGUGAUGUCAUAUUUUUUCUUUCACUUUCAUACAUAUUAAAGCUGAAAUCAACAGUGAUGUUAACUUUCUGUUGUGAUGUAUGUUUUCUGAAAUAAAAUGCCACUUAGUAGUAAUUGUAAUGGUGGAUAUUA